AUGAUGAAGGGCUUGCUGUUGAUCGGAGGCCUUCUGGCUUCGGCUGUCUCUGGCCACAUCCAGAUGUCCAACCCGUACCCCAUUCGCAGCCCGUUGAACAAGGCGGCGAGCGGCCAGAAAGACUACUCGUACACCAACCCUCUGUCCACGGAUGGCUCUGAUUAUCCCUGCAAGGGAUAUGUCAAGGAUCCGUUCAACUCUGUGGCAACCUAUAGCCCGGGUGGCUCGUACAAGUUGGAGCUGGAGGGUAGUGCUACGCACGGUGGAGGAUCAUGCCAAAUCGCCCUGUCAUACGACAAUGGUGCGACAUUCAAGGUCAUUCAUUCUAUGUUGGGUGGAUGCCCCAUCACCAAGUCCUACCAGUUCACUAUCCCCAGCGAUGCCCAGACCGGUGAGGCUCUUUUGGCAUGGAGCUGGUUCAACAAGGUUGGCAACCGCGAGAUGUACAUGAACUGCGCUCAGGUCACUAUCGGAGGAGGUGCCCGUAAAGGGACCAGGGAUCUCGACCGCCGCGAUGCUUUCAGCAGUCUACCUGAACUGUUCCGCGCCAACACCGGUGGACCCGCCCAAUGCAAGACCAUCGAGGGAGAGGAAGUCAACUUCCCGCUGCCUGGACCGUCCGUUGAAGGCUCGCUCAGUGGAAAGGGUUACCAAUGCACUGGCUCAGCUCCGUUCCUGGGUGGUGGCCGUGCCGCCAACGUCGAUACUAGCCCUAGUUCCAGUUCCUCCAGCUCCGAUUCGAGCAUGACCCAAGGUGCGAACUUCGCCGAAACCAUGAACAUGAACGAUUACCAGGAAAGCUCCACCAGCACGGUCGCUUCAAACGCCAUGGUUCCCUCUUCCAGUGCCGUUGCCGCCGCAUCUUCAGCGGCUCCCAGCGUUCAUGCCGUGCAGAGCUCCGCCGUGGCCAGCCCUUCCGUGCACAAAGUCGCCUCGACCUUCGCAACUACCCCCAAGGCCAAGAGCACAGAAACUACUGCUGCUGAGCCCGCACGCGAGCAGAGCCCCCAGACGCCAGACACCACCGCCGAGGGAUCUUGCACAAAUGGCGGCAUUGUGUGUGGCACAGACGGCAAAUCGUGGUCUCUGUGCAGCAAUGGUCGCGUGGUCAACAUGGGAAGCGUCGCCCCCGGGACGCAGUGUCGCCAUGGCGCCAUGCAGCCCGCCUCCUAA